GGAGGGAGGCGCGAAGAGGGCGCGAGGGUGGCAGCUGGAGGGAGCCGCCGCCCCUGCCCGCUCAGGUCCCCGUGGGGCGCAUGGGGCGCUUCGAGGCGGGAUCGCGCGCGGGCCUCGCGCCCAGCCUCCUGCUGUCUUGAGAAGCCGCGCCGGGACGCCCCCCAGACCCCGUGCUGCCGGGAGGAUGACCAUGGCCGGGGGCAGGAGGGGACUGGUGGCUCCGCAAAACACGUUUCUGGAGAAUAUUGUCCGCCGGUCCAAUGAUACUAAUUUUGUGUUGGGGAAUGCGCAGAUAGUGGACUGGCCUAUCGUGUACAGCAAUGAUGGAUUUUGCAAGCUGUCUGGCUAUCACAGGGCGGAAGUGAUGCAAAAAAGCAGUACCUGCAGUUUUAUGUAUGGGGAGCUGACUGAUAAGGACACAAUCGAGAAGGUGCGGCAAACAUUUGAGAACUAUGAGAUGAAUUCCUUUGAAAUUUUGAUGUACAAGAAGAACAGGACACCUGUGUGGUUCUUUGUGAAAAUUGCUCCAAUUCGAAACGAACAGGAUAAAGUGGUUUUAUUUCUCUGCACUUUCAGUGACAUAACAGCUUUCAAACAGCCAAUUGAGGAUGAUUCAUGUAAAGGAUGGGGGAAGUUUGCUCGGCUGACCAGAGCACUGACGAGCAGCAGGGGGGUGCUGCAGCAGCUGGCUCCCAGUGUGCAAAAAGGCGAGAAUGUCCACAAGCACUCCCGUCUGGCGGAGGUCCUGCAGCUGGGCUCAGACAUCCUUCCCCAAUACAAGCAAGAGGCACCAAAGACUCCCCCUCACAUCAUCUUACAUUACUGUGUUUUUAAGACCACGUGGGAUUGGAUCAUCUUGAUCUUAACCUUCUACACAGCCAUCUUGGUCCCUUACAAUGUCUCCUUUAAAACCAGGCAGAACAACGUGGCCUGGCUGGUUGUGGAUAGCAUCGUGGAUGUCAUCUUCUUGGUGGACAUUGUGCUGAAUUUUCAUACUACCUUUGUUGGACCAGCGGGGGAGGUGAUUUCCGACCCCAAACUCAUCCGCAUGAACUACCUGAAGACGUGGUUUGUGAUUGACCUUCUGUCCUGUUUGCCCUAUGAUGUCAUCAACGCUUUUGAGAACGUGGAUGAGGGCAUCAGCAGCCUGUUCAGCUCGCUGAAAGUCGUCCGGCUGCUUCGUCUGGGACGAGUGGCCCGUAAGCUGGACCACUACAUUGAAUAUGGAGCUGCCGUGCUGGUCCUGCUGGUGUGCGUGUUUGGGCUGGCUGCUCACUGGAUGGCCUGCAUUUGGUACAGCAUCGGGGACUACGAGAUCUUCGACGAGGACACCAAGACCAUCCGCAACAACAGCUGGCUUUACCAGCUGGCAAUGGACAUUGGUACCCCUUACCAGUUUAAUGGGUCCGGCUCAGGAAAAUGGGAAGGUGGUCCCAGCAAGAAUUCUGUCUACAUCUCCUCGUUGUAUUUCACCAUGACCAGCCUCACCAGCGUGGGCUUUGGAAACAUUGCCCCGUCCACAGACAUCGAGAAGAUCUUUGCAGUGGCCAUCAUGAUGAUUGGCUGUAAGUACGACAGUUGCUAG